AUGGGAAUAGCACAUCAUCCAGCUCAACCAGCUCAGGUCACUAUAUCGGGUACAAUUGCAUCUUCUACAUCUUCUGGAGAACUGAGCUCAUUGGAAUCUUCUAAUUUCAUGACUUCGUCUAUUAUAGUUACGGUGGGCUCAGGCUCAAGUUCUGGCACAAGCUCAGGUUCAGGUCAAGAAUCAGCUUCAUCAGCCUCUGUUUUGGUUUCAACAUCAGCUGGUAGUAGCCCUAGUUCUAAUACAGGCAAUAGUUCAGAUUCAGAGGAUAUGUUUGGUCUGAGUUCAAGUUCAAGUUCAAGUUCAAGUUCAAGUUCAAGUUCAAGUUCAAGUUCAAGUUCAAGUUCAAGUUCAAGUUCAAGUUCAAGUUCAAGUUCAAGUUCAAGUUCAAGUUCAAGUUCAAGUUCAAGUUCAAGUUCAAGUUCAAGUUCAACUGCGGGUAAUGACAAUGGUUUUGGUUCUGAUUCUGAGCUUGGUUCAAGUUCAAGUCCAAGCCCUGAUUCUGGCUCAAGUUCAAAUCCAACUUCAGCCACAGGUAAUGAUAAUGGUUCUGGGUAUGGCUCUGGGUCACCAUCUCAAUCAGUGUCUGCUUCUGCUUCUGAUUCUGAUUAUGGGCUCGGUUCACCAUCUCAAUCAGUGCCUACUUAUGGUUCUGCAUCAUCAUCAUCAUCAUCCUCUUCGUCUGGUUUGGGUUCAGCCAAUGGUCCAGGCUCAGGGUCAAACAGUGGUUCUGGACUCAAUACACCAACAACUAUAUCAUCAGGGUUCCAAAGUACAACAAUUGCUCAAAAACCUUCAACAUCAAGCAUUCCAGGUUCCCAAUUGUUUACUUCUAUGAUGACCUAUGAUGAUUCUGGUUCUAGAGUUCACCUCGCAAGCGCAUCAAUUAUCAGUAUUUUGUCGUUUUUUAUUCACAUGAUUUAA